CACAGACCUGGCAAUUCAUUGACGAAAAGAAGAAGAGGAGAACCAGAUACUAUAGUGCAUCAAUUUAGGCUAACUGGGAAAUGAUACUUGUUUGGUGUGUUUUGGCUUUGUUGGCCCUAGUGCCAGUCUCUACAGCUACCAAUCCUGGAGUUAAAGUCAAACUAACUCAGAAAGGGCUUGAUUAUGGUCGGCAGCUUGGAGUUGCCACUCUGCAGCAAAAGCUCAGGACCAUCAGUAUACCAGACCAGAGUGGCAAAGGAAGGAUUUUUAUUGGUAAAGUGGAGUAUAGUGUCACAGGGAUUCGGAUUGUAAACCUGCAACUACCAACAUCAACAGUGGGGUUAGUUUCUGGCACUGGAGUUAGGCUUUCAAUCGAUAAUGCGAACAUCAAAGCCCAGGGGAACUGGAGAGCCAAAUACCUUUGGUUCAUAAAAGCCAGUGGAUCAUUUGAUCUGACUGUGAGUGGUGUGACCAUUAGCGUCAACAUUGCAGUAAACAAUGAUAACCGUGGUCGCCCAUCAGUGAGCAUGACCAGCUCCACAGCAAACUUGAGGGACGUCAAUGUCAGGUUUACUGGCAGACUCAGCUGGUUUUAUAACCUUUUCCGAUCCUACAUUGAAAGACCUAUACGCAAAGCUCUGCAGGCACAGAUCUGCCCUUUGGUGGCGAAGUCCAUUCCUGACAUAAACGCAGAGCUCGCUACAUUAAAUGUUGUAGCCAAAGUAGACAAUUAUGUUGAGUUUGACUAUUCUAUGUUGGGAUCUCCUAUCAUCUCCAGUGAAUCUAUUGAGCUUGGUUUGAAGGGUGUAUUCUACAACAUCGGGCAACGCAACGAGCCCCCCUUUUCCGCCAAACCUUUCUCACUGCCUUCACUGAACUCAAAAAUGCUUUACAUUAGACUAUCUGCCUUCACUGUCAACUCAGCAGCCUUUGCAUACCACAAUGCUGGUGCCUUUAGCUUUGACAUCACAGACGACUUACUCGGUGGCUUAUUUGCCAGUCGACGAGCUAAUUCACCUGAUUCUGACUUUCAUCUGAAUACAAAAACAUUUGAAGCUUCCAUUCCGCAAGUUGCAAAGCUGUUUCCGGGCCUGAAGAUGAAGCUUCUGGUUAAGACAGUGAAGGCGCCCAUUAUUACUUUUGAACCCAACAAUGUGACUGUUCAAAUCAGCUCGACAGUGAUGGCUGAUGUUAUCCACCAAAACAACACACUAUCACCACUAUUUAUGCUCAAUCUGGAGGCCAGUGCCAGUCCUCAAGUAAAUAUAGAUGGACUCAACCUGAAAGCAAGUGUGACCCUGAACAGAAUUCAAUUGAGCUUAAACAAAAGCUAUGUGGGAAAAUUUGAGGAUCCUAGUCGUCAAGCAUCAUCACAAUUCGACAACAUCGUAAAAACAAUCCUGGAACUAACAGUAAUUCCCAAGGUUAAUGUUCACCUUCAGAAUGGUUUUCCACUUCCUGCUCUGGGGAAAAUAAAACUUGUAAACCCUCAACUUGUGGUUAUGAAGGACUACCUAUUGGUUGGGACUGAUGGACAAUAUCUGGGAUAAAUGGUCAACAUUUUUUUAGACACUAUAAAAACAUUAUCAAGAUGAUUAAAUCCACUUUCUUGUUUUCACAUAUGUGAAGGAAAAUAUUCUAAACAAUUCUAUCUAUAAUCAUGAUUUUAUUUUCAAUAUUGUAUUUUCUCAUUAUUUUCUUACAUAAUCACUUUACUUUGUUCUUUUGUUACAUGGGUGUUGGGAUCGACUGCACUUUAGGUUGAUGUUAUAUCUCCAUAAGGGCUCA